UGGACACCUAAUAUUGACGUCUGCGGGUCCUCGCAGGAGGGUGUGUUUACACCAUACGUCACAGCAGUUUGUCGACAGGACAAAUUCAGAUACAUCAGCAUCAUGUUCCACGGGAUUCCAGUUACAGGAGGUGUGGGAGGAGCUCCGGCCAAUAAACCUGAGUUAUAUGAGGAAGUGAAGUUAUACAAAAAUGCAAGGGAACGAGAGAAGUAUGAUAACAUGGCAGAGUUGUUUGCUGUUGUCAAGACCCUGCAGGCCCUGGAGAAGGCUUACAUCAAAGACUGCGUCACACCGAAUGAGUACACUGCUUCCUGUUCCAGACUCUUGGUUCAGUAUAAGGCUGCGUUCAAACAGGUGCAGGGCUCUGACGUGGGCUCCAUCGACGACUUCUGCAGGAAGUACAGACUCGACUGCCCACUAGCCAUGGAAAGGAUUAAGGAGGAUCGGCCAAUCACCAUCAAGGAUGACAAGGGCAACCUAAACCGCUGCAUUGCAGAUAUUGUUUCUCUCUUCAUCACUGUGAUGGACAAGCUGAGACUGGAGAUCAGGGCCAUGGAUGAGAUCCAGCCAGACCUGAGGGAGCUGAUGGAAACCAUGAACAGAAUGAGCAACAUGCCUCCAGACUCGGAGGCUAAGGACAAAGUCAGCCUCUGGUUGACAACCCUAAGCAGCAUGUCGGCCUCAGAUGAACUGGAUGAUAAUCAAGUGCGCCAGAUGCUGUUUGACCUGGAGGCAGCCUACAAUGCCUUCAACCGCUUCCUCCACUCCUCCUAAUAAAGCAUCGCUCCAUCAUAGAUCCACGUGUCUGAAACUCUGACUUUAAAACCUGCUAAGUUAAAAGAAACACUCUACUUUCUCCUUAUUGUUGGUAGGGAGAUAAUUUAUGUCUGGGGACAGGUUUUCUCUCUCUUGCUUCCGCAUUUUUUUCCUUUCUGUCUUAACAUUUGUUCCCUAUGUCCUUAUUUAUGUUGUGAUUAUCCCAAACUCCACCGCCACCACUGUUUGUGGUACAAAGUACUGCCUGCAGCCUCGCCCACUGGGCUCUGCCUGUGCUUUGAGAUGCUCCAUCGGCCUGUUUUCUAGCCAAACGUGUCUGAUAAAUCCUUUAACACUGGCCGUCUGACUGAUUUUGACAAAACAGUUUAAUUCUAACUUUGUACUGUAAUUUAAAAAAAGGUAUAAUUUUAUACUUGGGUUUUGCAGAGCACCAACACAGAAGCAUGAAUCAAUUAUAUUGGGCAAAUUCUGAACAUGAAGAAAAGGUUGCAACAGCCAAAGCCUUUGUAUUAUUGGAAAGAUGAAUAUAUAUAUUUUUCUUUUUGGUACCCGAAAUGUACCCACUAUCUACCACCUGGGGAUAUUUCUUUGUUCUGUGUACCAUGAUUGUUUUCUAUUACACAAGUUUUUACUGUAGAUUUCUUCAAUAGUUUGUCAAUAGAGUAAUAAAAAGCCGACGGGUAACAACUCAUCUGCUUUGUCAGUUAACUGAUAAAAUAGAGAUUAAAUAAUUGUUGGAGCUCUAAAAAUUAUUAGACUACACUUCAAAUUAAUCAUUGUAUUGAUACUACAGUGGAUGGAAAUUUUUUAAGUUUAUUUGUCUUCAGUUUGUCUCCUGUUAACAUGCUGAAUCCAUAUUUCCAUCAGAAGUGAGGGUUUGGCCACAUUGAGUUGGCAAAAGAGAGGUGGACACACCCCCUCCUUAUUUUGCUUACUGAAUAUGUUACCACCCUCAAACAUCAUUAGGGAGAACAUAUUUAUCAAGAUAAACCAUUGUAAAUAAUAGUUUUGAUUUGUAACAUCCUUUUAGAAAUAAAUUUGAAAAUUCUACCUCCAA